AUGGCAGAUCAAAUUCCUCCCAACCAAGCCCCGGUAUUUGUCGCGGCCAUACCUACUCCAACUUUGGGGACUGGAGGCUCUGGGAGUGUCGUCUUUUCGACUGCAAUAGCCGCCACACCGGCCAGGUGCCUGGAGAUUGUACUGAACCCGACAACAUAUCCCUCGUGGAACAAAUGGGUCCCGCGCGUGGUCGUCACCUCGGCCUCUCCCACAUCGGCACCGUCCGUCCUGCCCGAGUCGUUGGCGCAGCUAGCCACGAGUCAGCAGCUUCUCGUGCCGGGCACCAAGUUCUGCUUUGAAGUCCACAUGGAUCCCGACAGCGCAUCGUUUCGAAAGACGGAUCUCGAGGUCACGGUGCUGGAGGCAUUCGAAGAGCAGCAGCGUGGGGGUAGCGACGGCGAGCAUGGCGACAGCCGUAAAGGGUGGAGGGUCGUGUGGAAGACGCAAGGUGAUCCGUGGUACCUGCGCGCCGAGCGCGUGCAAGAGUUCCUCGAGGACGGCGCGGGAGGAUGUCUGUACACGAAUUACGAGACCUUUCAUGGGCCAUUGACGUUUGCGGUCAAGACAUUUGUCGGAAAGCAGCUGAUGGCCGGAUUGACCUUGUGGAUGAACGGACUAAAGGCCGCAGCCGAGGCGACAUCGUGA